CAAGCCGCCUGACGUCAGGGGUCUCGGGGCAUGCGCAAUAGUCGGACCUCGCGGCCGGGCGGGGUCGGCUGGCCGGCUGCUUGCCCUCGAGCUAACGCCCCGGGCCGGAGGAAGUCCUUAGUCGGCGGUGCCGGCGGGGACCGUGGGGCCGCCCGCUCGGCGCGCUCGGUGCAGGGCCCGCCGGGGAGCGCAGCUGCGGAUGGAUGAGGCCGGGCGCCGUGACGCUCGCGGGCCCGCGCGCGUGCCUAGUGCCCUGCAGCUGGUGGCGGCGGCGCGGCGGAGCCUGGGCUCGGGCCGCCGGCGGGGCCACGGGCCACCGCGGGCCGCCUGCUUGCACCUGGCCGGGGAAGUGCUGGCCGUGGCCCGGGGGCUGAAGCCGGCGCUGCUCUACGAUCGCGGCGGGGCGGGUGAGGCCGAACUGAGAGGCUACCUGGAGGCACUGCGGGGCCUGGGGCUGCUCACCCAGCGGCUGCACGUCCUGGACCUCGGCGAUCACCUCUUGGUGCUCAGCCCCGAACGCGCGUGGCAGCACUUAGAGCUGGUGCUGGGCGGCGGCGUGGCCUUCGUGGACGUGUCGGGAGAGCAGCCGCACCCCACUCUCUGCUCCUUGGACCAGCGGCCGGACUUGCGGGCGCUGGUGGCUGAGGUGGGCGCGCACCUGCGGGAGCUGCAAGGGAGCGCAAGCCCCGCCGUGUCUAGCAGCCGCCUGCAGCCGGCGGACUGGAGCCUGUGCGCCCUGUUCGGGAUCCUGCUGGGCUACCCCACACCCUACACCUUCCGCCAGGGCCGGACCGAGCCCAGCUGCUUGGAGCUGGCGCCGCUGCGCGUGUUCUCGGUGCGGCUCUCCUGGCGGCCGGCGGGGCUUGCGUUCCCGCUCUAUUCCUUCAGCGUCCCGGAGUGCCUGCUGCCGGCGCUGGGCAGCGUGCUGGGCAGCUGGGAGCGUGAGCUCAGGGCGCGGUGGCGGGCGCAGAGCGACUUCGCCGACCUCAGCAUCUCAUCAGAGGUGGUCACACUCCCCGUUGUGGCCCUCUGACGCCAGGCAUGUGGGGAGCCCCCAGGAGUGCCUGCCUUUUCCCUUCCCGGGCCCUGGCCUCAGCAAGCACUAGACAUGAGGUAGUCGCGUUGCCCACCUGACCCUGUGGGCAGUGAAUGCAGAGAAGAAAAGGGGUGACCCGGGACUCCCCACGCCCUUGUCUCCCCUGUUCUGAUUGGCUGAGGGAGGCUCAGGUUGUUCUGAGUCCUUCGCUAAUAAACAGGGUCUUGAGGUA